UAUCCCCACGCUCCCUCAGCCGGGCGCAGCGGCGCCGGGUUCCAGCGCGCGGGCGCGUCUGGGAUCAGGGCCGGGGAGGAGCCGCCCUCCGUCAGCUGGGCUCGCCUCCCGGCGCCGCCCAGAAGCAGCGAACGGGAAGGGAGCGCGGUACAGCUGGGCUCCGCGCAGCGCUGGGCGCCGGGGCCCAUGCCCGUGCGCCCCCGCGGGCCCGCGCCAUGGCCUCCGGGAGCGUGGCCGAGUGCUUACAGCAGGAGACCACCUGCCCCGUGUGCCUGCAGUACUUUGUCGAGCCCAUGAUGCUCGACUGCGGCCACAACAUCUGUUGCGCCUGCCUCGCCCGCUGCUGGGGCGCGGCGGAGACCAAUGUGUCGUGCCCCCAGUGCCGGGAGACCUUUCCGCAGCGGCAGAUGCGGCCCAACCGGCACCUGGCCAACGUGACCCAGCUGGUGAAGCAGUUGCGCACCGAGCGGCCGUCGGGGCCCGGAGGCGAGAUGGGCGUGUGCGAGAAACACCGCGAGCCCCUGAAGCUGUACUGCGAGGAGGACCAGAUGCCCAUCUGCGUGGUGUGCGACCGCUCCCGCGAGCACCGCGGCCACAGCGUGCUGCCGCUCGAGGAGGCGGUGGAGGGCUUCAAGGAGCAAAUCCAGAACCAGCUGGACCACCUAAAAAGAGUGAAAGACUUAAAGAAGAGGCGUCGGGCACAGGGGGAACAGGCACGAGCUGAGCUCUUGAGCCUGACCCAGAUGGAGAGGGAGAAGAUCGUUUGGGAGUUUGAGCAGCUGUAUCAUUCCUUGAAGGAGCAUGAGUAUCGCCUCCUGGCCCGUCUCGAGGAGCUAGACUUGGCCAUCUACAACAGUAUCAAUGGUGCCAUCACUCAGUUCUCUUGCAACAUCUCCCACCUCAGCAACCUGAUCGCCCAGCUGGAAGAGAAGCAGCAGCAGCCCACCAGGGAGCUCCUGCAGGACAUCGGAGACACGUUGAACAGGGCUGAAAGAAUCAGGAUCCCUGAACCCUGGAUCACACCUCCAGAUCUGCAAGAGAAAAUCCACAUUUUUGCCCAGAAGUGUCUGUUCUUGACUGAGAGUCUAAAGCAGUUCACAGAAAAAAUGCAGUCAGAUAUGGAGAAAAUCCAAGAAUUGAGAGAGGCCCAGUUAUACUCAGUGGAUGUGACUCUGGAUCCAGACACGGCCUACCCCAGCCUGAUCCUCUCUGAUAACCUGCGGCAAGUGCGGUACAGUUACCUCCAGCAGGACCUGCCUGACAACCCUGAGCGGUUCAAUCUGUUUCCCUGUGUCUUGGGCUCUCCAUGCUUCAUCGCUGGGAGACAUUAUUGGGAGGUAGAGGUGGGAGAUAAAGCCAAGUGGACCAUAGGUGUCUGUGAAGACUCAGUGUGCAGAAAAGGCGGAGUAACCUCGGCCCCCCAGAAUGGAUUCUGGGCAGUGUCCUUGUGGUAUGGGAAAGAGUACUGGGCUCUUACCUCCCCAAUGACUGCCCUCCCCCUGCGGACCCCUCUCCAACGGGUGGGGAUUUUCUUGGACUAUGACGCUGGCGAGGUCUCCUUCUACAAUGUGACAGAGAGGUGUCACACCUUUACUUUCUCUCAUGCUACCUUCUGUGGGCCUGUCCGGCCCUACUUCAGUCUGAGUUACUCGGGAGGGAAGAGCGCAGCUCCUCUGAUCAUCUGCCCCAUGAGUGGGAUCGAUGGGUUUUCUGGCCAUGUUGGGAAUCAUGGUCAUUCCAUGGAGACCUCCCCUUGAGGAGGUGAACUCAGGCCAAAAGGGCCAUUGACCAUACUCCUACCCCAGGCAUAAGGCAUCCUGUUGCCUUGACACUUCCUGCCCAUCACAGCUGGAUGUCCUUACCACUUUCCGAGCCCUGCAGUGCAAGACGGAAUGUCCAUGUUCUCUGCCAUCCCCUCCCUUCCCACGAAAAUUGUGAGAUGUAAUGAGAAGUAUUAAGAUUGCCCAGAAAUAAAAACCACAUGUCCA